AUGGGCGUUAGUACAUCAUCUUCUGCCGCUAGGUUGGGGUCUUUUGCAGCAAGUUACGUUGUUUGGCUGGUAAGUCUUACUAUUUUAGCACAAUUAGGCAUUAGCCUUUCUCACGGCCAAUUUUUCGCCAUGUUUGGGGUACUGCCUCGCCCACGUUUGAGAGUCUCAGCACCACGAAAAGUGACAUUUUAGUAUCAUAGUUGUUUGUACAAUGGUAAAUUUACAGUUACAACUUUUCAUGUUUGAAUAGUCUAGAAUCUUUCAAGAGGGCGGACAGUACCCCAAAAAUGGCGGAUGUUCGCCUUCGUGAAAAAGACUAAUUGAAUAAUACGAGAAGUUCUAAUACUGUAAUAGUCAGUCAAAGAGACUUACAAUGAACUGUCUAUAGUUUUCAAAUUCAAUUAAUAACUUACUAUGAUGGUAAUAUUUUCCGCUGAUGAAAUCCAUUGAACCUCUUUAGAAAUGUGUUAACAUCCUUGAAAAUUUUAAAUGUUUUUGCAUGUCAUGACUUUAGCAACACUAGUAUUAAAUAAUUAUACGUGCAUUUGUUAUCAUGAUAUAUAAUAUAUUCUACUUUUUUCGCACAAAAUUAGAUCCGCAUUCAUUCCAUACUGCCAUUUGGAAUUAUGGGAGUAAUUUGCCUUCAAGCCGCCAUUGUAGCGAUGUUUCUGCCUGAAACAAAGGGAAGACCAACUUUGGAAACCUUGGAAGAUAUGAUCAAUGACAAUAGUGGUGCAAAAGUGGUCAUGAGUGAAGUCAUUGCAAACAGCAACGUGGAGAAAGAUAACGGUGUAGAUACACAUAUGUAAUUGUAGCGAUAACUAAUAUGUUAGACGUCUUAAUUCUUAUAAAAAAUAUGGUAGCUAGCAGUAUACAUUUCAUUCAUGAAUCAUGAGUAAAGAACUUGGUUAAACCUUGACUGCAUUCGUCAGUGAAAUAUUACAAAACUAUAUGAAGAACUACAGUGGCGGAGCUAGCCAUAGCAACAGGUCAUGCUAUGCAUAUUUUUAAUGACUUGCAUUAUUCAAACCUUUAGUAAUGUAUUGUCUUUAACCUAUUUAGAUGCAGGUUUAUUAGUAUAACAUGACCAGUUGCCGUGCAUGGCUAGCUUCGCCACUGGAGAACUAUAGCAUUAGAUUUUUCUUAAUUUUUCCUUGUUCGACGGAAAGAACCGGCUCUACAUUUUGAAAUAUGUUUUCCACUCCAUGCAACCGCAUGUCCGCAUCGUACCGAAAUGUAGCGUAUGAACUAAUUACUAGCGUCUUGCUGAACUAAUUACUAGCAAAACAAAACUCUGCGGUACGUUAUGAUACAGCCGAAUUGGAAAACAAGUUUUAGAUGGAUUUCUAACUGUAAAUAUUCUACCAUUAGAUAUUAGAUAAUUGCAUUUAUGGAUAGGUGAGACGACACCGGAUACAGCUUUCCGUAUCGACGUGAAAAAUACCUAUCCCUACCUUUUAGGAACGCUAUUUUCAGAGGAAUUAUUGCAACGGAUAGAUGUUGUUACGCUCAGCUUCUGAAAGUUGUACAUUCCGUAUCGGAUAUAGGUGCUUUUUCGUGCCGCUACGGAAAACUAUCCGGUAUAUAGUGUAAACGCAGAAUUUAGUCAGACAUAAAGUAUGAUUGGCGAUUUGACUAUAGUUGCAUGUAAUUGAUUGUGAUAUGUCACUAGUUUCGAUUGAUUGAUCCGUGAUGUAAUUCUGUUCAGAUUAUAAUAGUGCUCUCUAUAAAUUAUAUCCAUGCAGAGAACACCAUAAUUUGUAAAUCCAUAGAACACUAUAUAUAUAAAUCCAUAAUUAUACACCAAAUUCAAAAAAGGUCGUCCUUCAAAAAUGUUAAACUUCACACAUUGAGCGCGCGCAAGGUAGUCAAGGAUAUUGCUUAUUCGGAGCCUAAGAUAGGACAUUAGUUUAGUGAACCAAACAGCCCUAAAUCAAAAGUGUUCACAAAUAUGCCCUAGCAAGGCUAACAUUGUUGCAAAGCAAAUUUCCCGAGUGUAAGACUCUAAACCUAUCCCUAAGGAAAAACUAUACCGAAAGAGGAAAGUGAUCUACGACCAAUCUCUUUAACGCCCUGCAUCUCUAAGGUUAUGGAGGAAUUUGUAGCAGAAUGGAUUCUUGAAGAUAUUGCACAUAAAAUCGAUCAUAAACAGUUGGGCGUUACAAAAAACACAUCUACAACUUUGUGCCUCUUGGAUAUGUUUCACAAUUGGCUGUUAAAUUUGGAUACGCCCGGCCAGUGAAUCUGUUUUCUAGAUUUUAGCAAGGCCUUCGACGGCAUCAACCUUAACAUUUUGGUUACCAAGUUGGUCUUUUUAGGAGUACGAAGGUCAUUAUUGCCUUGGAUAUUCAUGCAGUUUUUUUGUCAAAUCGCAAACAACGAGUUAAGUUGGGUAAAGCUUUGUCAGAGUGGGUCACAGCGAAUGCUGGUGUUCCACAAGGCACUAAAUUGGGCCCUAUCCUGUUUCUUGUUAUGAUCAACGAUCUUGUCCUACCAACAUGUGAUUAUUGGAUACAUGUAGAUGAUCUUACUGCUUCGGAGGUUAUAGCCAAAUACGGCAAUUCAACAAUCCAAUCAGAUCUUGAUUAUAUAUCUUCUUGGUCGUCUGCUAAUUACAUGAAGUUAAACGCGAAGAAAUGUAAAGAGCUAAGGGUUUGUUUCUUCCAUGAUAUACGCCUGUUUUGGAACCAUUAA